AUGCGCUCGAAGAGCGACAGGACGGCCUCUACAUCCGCGCCAACCAGGGCCACUCCAUCCCCGGCGUACCUGACGGAAUUGGAUUUCAAGACGAUCACCGACGCGUCGCACUACCCCACGGUGGUACAUGGAACAUACCACGCGUCGUGGAUCAACAUCAAGAGGACGGGUCUCAGCAAGAUGGGCCGAACGCACAUCCACUUUGCCAAGGGCGAAUACGGCUCCGCCGACGUCAUCAGCGGAAUGCGCCAGACUUGCCAGGUGCUCAUCUACAUCAACCUCACCCUGGCACUCGAAGAGGGCGUCGAGUUCGUGGAAUCGGCCAACGGCGUCAUCCUCUCUCCUGGUGUGGAGGGCGUGCUGCAUCCCAAGUAUUUCGCUCGCGUCGUCGAUGCCAAGACCGGCCAGUCUCUUCUCUGA